AUGUCGGAGGAGGAGGAGGUGGAGGAGGAGGGGAUUCAUUACGUAGAGAAAACGCUUUUCUAUUGGUUUUCUGUCCGAGAGAUGGCAAAUGUUCUUCGGGAUAACCUCGCAUCCAUCAAAACACCUUACUGCCCGCUGAGGUCAUCAUUGAGUGAUCGCUGUCAGUUCAAAUUUUCCCUACGAGAAGAUCCAUUCAGCAUUUCCCAUGAUGAACACGGUGACCCUUGCACUGGUCUGAAGGCAAACUUUUGCAUGAAUGGAGGAACAUGCUUUAAAAUACCAUCGGUGUCUACUCCAACAUGUGUCUGCAGUGCGAACUAUGAGGGCAGCAGAUGUGAGCAGUUCCAGCUGUUCAGUUUCUCACACGACAGUCAGGAGAAGGGCAUGAUCGCUGCUGUCAUCAUCAUCGCCCUCCUCAUCUUAGUGGUCCUCGGUGCGGUCAUCUACUAUGUCUGCAAAAUAAAGAGAAAUGGCCAGAGUCAACCAAAACCUGAGGAGUACUUGAGGGUCAAAUCAAGUAGCCAGCCGGUGUGAUUCGACUUUUACCUUGUAACAUCGCCCCCUUGUGGAGGUCUUGAACUCAAUGUGAAAAUGUGUCAAUUGCACAGUGGCUCAAAGUGCCAGCUACUCUUAAAAUAUCUUUCUUAAUGUUCAAAGAUUUUGUAAAUAGUUCUGUCAAUUAAAACAUCUUAAUUUAAAUAUAUAAAAAGGAUGCAGAUUUUUUACAAGCAGACUGUUACCAUAUCAGAUGUUAAAUGGAAAACAUUUAAAAAUGAGCAUCCUUAGCAUAGAUUUUAAUUUUAAUUAGAUAUAGAAGACUUAAUAAUAUAUAAUGGUCACAUGUGCCAUGUACAUACAUUUUUACAGUGUGCUGUUUUUAGUUUUAGCUGAAACUUUGAUUAUACACUUAUUUCUUUUUUAUUUUUCCUUUGAUUCUGCUGGAUUAUACUGG